CACCAGCUACACUACAAUCUUAGGAGGCAUGAAGUUGAUUCCUUAAACCAAUCUUACAUGGAUCUUCAAUAAUAUAAGUCUCCCAAAGGGUUUAGAGUCAGAAGCACAAGAAGUAGCCUAGAGAAAUAGAACACAGAUGAAAAUGGAAUUCUCAUCAUACUACCUUCCUGAAGAAAUGAUGAUUGAAAUUCUUCUGAGGCUACCCAUCAAGUCUCUCCUUCAGUUCACCUCUGUUAGCAAAUCUUGGAACACCCUUAUUAAACACAAUACCUUCAUCAAAAACCACCUCAAACUCACUUCAAACAGAAUCACCAGAGAUGGCCCUCUGCUCCUUCUCAGGCAUUGCCCCAGAGAGCCCAAUGUAGAGCAGUAUUCUCUACAUUUAGACAACCACACCUUCCAAGAGUACUCAAAACCACAACUUCCAGCUAAGAGCUUCAAUGAGUGUUUCCGAAUUGUGGGUUCGUGCAAUGGAUUAAUCCUCCUCUCAGAUGAUUACGUGACCGAGACCAAUAACUUCAUUCUAUGGAACCCCUCAAUUCGAAAGUCCAUCACUAUUCCUAAACCUCAUAUCUCACACUCUGAAGACUAUACAGUUUACGGGUUUGGGUUUGAUGCUGAGAGAGAUGAUUACAAGAUAGUGCAGCUGGUGUAUGAAGGUCACAACAGAGGUAGCCCUGAAGUUGAGCUCUACUCACUCAAUUCAAGGUCUUGGAAAAGCAUUACUGCAGCUUCUCCCAAGCAUGAGAUUGCUCGGAGUAUGUGGUCUCAGGUUUUUGUUAAUGGGUUUAUCCAUUUCAUAGGGUAUUCUAAGAAAGGAGAAGCUUUUCACAAUGUUGUUUUGGGAUUUGAUGUGUGUGAAGAGGUUUUUCAUGAGAUUAAAAUGCCAGAGGACUUGGCUUCUGAGGCGCCAAACAUGUUCAUUUCAGCCAUUGGCAAGUCCCUUUCUGUGCAACACUAUGAUAUUAUACAUAACUGUUGGAAUGUAUGGGUUAUGAGAGAGUAUGGGGUGGUGGAGUCAUGGACAAAGCAAUUCACCAUUGAUAUUCUCACCCCAAACUAUCGGGUAACAAGGGUUUUGGGGUCUAGCAAGAAUGGUGAGUUUCUUUUAGAAAUGUAUAAAGGAAAGAAGGGAGAGAUAGUCCUUCAUGAUCCGAAGAAAAACACAAAUGAGCUUCUUGGAAUUUAUACAGAUCCAGGAUGCACAUGUCUUGAAUAUUACAUGGAGAGUCUAGUUUUACUUGAUAAAGCAACUUGAUAUGCAGAUUCCAUGGAGCAAGAAGAGGAAGAAUAACAGAAAUCUGAUUGCACCCUCAGGGCUGCAGCUACUUGAUCAUAUGGUUAAGUAUACUGGAAGAUAUAUGUAAUAUUUCGUUUUACUGAAGUAGUGUUGAAUUAUAAAUUUUUUAUAAUUUUCAUGCUCUUGAACCA